GUGGGCCGCGUGCUGGCGCGGGACCUGAACCAGUACAAGACUUCGUUGCUGAAGAACAUUUUAGAAGAAAACCAAACGGCGCUGCGGCUCUCCGAGCGCGCAGAUGUCAUGGAAACUUUGCUGCUGCGCUACGCAGACAUGGAGCGUUGGGGCCAUUUGCGCCGGGCGGUUUGCGCGGGGCUGCGGGACCUGCCACUCGGGCGGCGCCCCCCCUGCCACUCCCGCCCUUUUUGCCUGCUGCUGCUCCUGCUGCUGCUGCAGCGCGAGCAGCGGCGCCCGUGGGGUCGCCCGCGGCGAAGCAGCAGCAACAGCAGCAACAGCAGCAGCCACAGCAGCAACAGCAGCAACAGCAGCAGCAGCAACCGCAGCAGCAGCACCAGCGCCCAGGGGACACACAGGGCAGCCCGCAAGGCAGCGCGCAGCACGGGGAAGCCAGGGCAGAAACUCAGGCUGCGGGGCCCACCGAGGCCCCGGCAAAGCCAAGCAGCAGCAGCAGCAGCAGUGGCAACAGCAGCGGCAGCAGCAGCGACGGCAGCAAAGACAAAGACAUGGCUGCAGCGCUGGAGGCCGUCGCGCAGCAGUUUGCAGAAGCCGCCGGAAAGAGCCACGCGGGCAGCCCCGAGCAGCAGCUGCAGCAGCAGCGGCAGCUUUUCAAUCAGCAGCCGGAGCCUGCGCCGGAGGAGGGCCCUCCUGUGAGCGACCUCGCGGAGGCGGCAGAGGAAGCAGCAGCAGCAGCUGCUGCUGCUGCUGCUGCAGACUCUGGCAGCGCAGCAGCAGCAGCACUGAAGCUGUACGAGCAGCAGGAAGGCACCCUUCCCAAAGAAAAUGCAGCAGUCGCUCCGAGGCCCCCGUUGAGGGGUUUGCUGCGAGGCGUAGACGCGCCGCGUGGCCUAGAUUCGCCUGCAGCAGCAGCAGCAGCAGGAGCCCCGAACUCGUCCGCGGCGUCCGAGCGGCAGCGAAGUUCGUGUCGCGCCGCCGCUGCUGCUGCUGCUGCUGUUGAGACCGCGACCCCCGCAGCAGCAGCAGCAGUUCCCCCGCGUGGCGAGUCCCGCGCUGCUUCCCCGUUUCCGUCCUCCGUGGGCGCCUCUGGAGCUGCGUCCGCGUCCUGCCGCAGCAGCAGCAGCAGCAGCAGUGUGGCGUCAGUGAGCGCCGCGGCUUCGCCGCCGACCCCGCCCGCCCCCAGCAGCAGCAGCAGCAGCAGCAGCUUUCUGCUGUGCGGGGGCGCGCUGGGCGUGGGCUACGAGUUCGUUUGCUGCUGCGUCUGCUGGGGCAGCGAGGGCUCAGCGCUCAACCCGCUGCUCUCCUGCGUCCGCUGCCUCUUUUGCUGCCACAAAAACUGCUACGGCGUUGGCCGCCUCGGCGAAGCCCUCGAGCCUGAAGACUGGAUUUGCCGCCGCUGCGAAGUCGACAAGAGGGCCCUCGGCACCCAGUGGAUGGCCGUCUUCAAGCCCAUGCACCCCAAGUGCCUCACACCUUCCACCCCAUGUGCGCCUGGCUCGCCGGCCUCCACUGCGCUGCUGCGCCUCUCCCGGGCCUUUUCCUCGCAGUCCGCGGGGCCCUCGACCACUGCUUCCCCAGACUCAAAGUCACUGUCUUUUGCUUCCGACACACCCCGGAGGCCCCAGGAGUCAGGUCAGUGA